CAGCCGGUUGAAGGCAAUUCGUGCAUCAGACCGGGUUGGCACGUCCGAGUUGUGGCAACAGUUUGUGCGCUUUCCAAUGCCGAGUACGCCUUCGAUGAUAACAGGAAUGUCCGAUCUUUGAUUUUCCAUUCCAGCCCACAACGUGACGAUAAAUCAAGGAUAUUAAACAAUGCCAACACAGGCUCCCUCGAGAGUAGAAAUGCCAAUAGCAGCGUCGGCCGGGACCUGGUGGAGGUUAUGAAUAUCUCCGACAAGUUCCCUGAGAAGACAAAACGGGAAAUGGAGAUGGAACUAAUUUCAAAGAUCUUAACCCAUCAGGAGCCUACACACAAGAACAGAUAUGCGGUGAUACUCAAAACACUGGAAAAGAAUGAACAAUGA